CCGCCGGGUAUUGCAUUUGUGGUUUCCUUCUGAGCGUUCUGACACCCGGCAUUUUAUUAGACUAUCACCCGGCACGGCCUUCACGCCCUGGAAGAGCCACCGUCGCCUCCCAGGCUCUGUCUCCCGUCUCCCAUGGACCUCCUGGACUCACUUCCAGGGCACACCCAGGUUGCUUAGCUUUGGGGGCAUUUUAAUAUUAACGCUGUAUACCUCCCCCUUUCUUACUCCCAGUUCUAUGUUGAUUUUUCUUUCCCCCGGGGGAGGGUAUUGGCAGCUGUCGAUCCGUGAUGGGCAAUCCAGCAACUUCUCUGUGUCGUGCCUCGGAUUGACACGGGCCUUUGUCAGGGAAGCGGGCAGUGUGGACAGCGAGGGUGAUGCUACAGGGGCCCUCCGUGCGCUCUCCGCAAAGGGUCACGGGCGCUUUAGGCCUCAAGGCCUUUUUCGUGAGCUCGGGGGUCUCCGAGAAGCAGAAGCUCAGGAACUGUGGCAGAUUUUAACAUUUGAGACCAAGAACCCGACGGAAUUAGCCGAACGUCUGCGCUCUGUUUGUGGGAAUCAGAGCAAUGCCUACGCGCGCCUGCUGGAAUACCGCCUGAAUGCCUUACGAGGACUGUGGAAUGCCCAGCGCCAGCUGGCCUUGGAGGAACAGCAUGAACGAGAAAGUUCGGGUGAUGAGGAAACAUUGGCUCUGCUCAAACGCCAGGGCUUGUUGCAGCAACCCGAGCAAGCUCCCUUCACGUCUCGGAUGGGGCUCCUGCUGGUCUUCCCCCUUAUUCAGUCCCAGAGCAGAACGGACCCCUCUCUCUGUAACAUAACUGCUGAGGUGCUAUUGAACUGCCUUCGUGACUGCCAGCCUUUGAGCCUGACCAAGGAGCCUGCUGACUGUCUCAAUGGAAUCGAAACUUUGCUGUGCUCUUGGCUAGAGGACCCUGCUGACACCGGCCGACACAUCCCACAUAAGCAAAAAGAAAAUGCCGCUGCUGCUCUGGUGGCUUUGGCCUGUGCCAGGGGAUCGUUGAAAACUUUUGUCCAUACGGUCCAUCUGUUACAGAAACAGACUGAUCUGGGGUCCCUGCCUGUAGCUGAUGUACUAUAUAGGCUGUUGCUUUUGGAAGGGGGGCCUGGAUCCCCCUCCUGUUUGCUCGGUGGCAAACACAUAGUAUCAUGGGGGUAUGAAGACAUGUUGCCUGCACCAGAUAGCAACACCGGCUCCAGUUCUGAAAAUAAAGAUGCUGACUUGGGGCGCUGUCUCACGGCAGAUGGUCUUUACCUGUAUACUACUAACUCAGUUGGAAGAGGAGUAAGCAAAUUGGGGUCUGGAUUACAUGGUACUCUCAGAGGUUUUGUGUACUGCCGGAAUGAGGAGCUGGAACCAGGAUGGGUUGCUUUUGGCAGUGGUAAUCUUCUCCACCGGCCUGUAUCUUUUGAUAAUAAACCUCACUCCCUUUUCCAGGUCAUUGACCAGAAUACCCUUCAGGUGUGCCAGAUGGUGCCAAUGCCAGCCAAUCAUCUCCCUGUUGGCAGCACCAUGAGCACUGUGCACCUUUCUUCAGAUGGUACUUACUUCUAUUGGAUCUGGUCUCCUGCCAGUCUGAAUGAGAAAACACCUAAGGGACAUUCUGUCUUCAUGGACAUUUUUGAACUUGUGGUUGAAAAUGGUGUAUUUGUAGCCAAUCCACUUCAGGAACGCACAAUUCUAAUGAGGAAAGAGGGCGAAUCUGCAAAAAGCAUUAAUGAGAUGCUUCUGAGCAGACUUUCCCGCUACAGAGCUUCCCCGUCCGCCACGCUGGCCGCCCUUACUGGCUCUACUAUCUCCAACACCCUGAAAGAGGACCAAGCAGCAAAUACUAGCUGUGGGCUACCUCUGAAAAUGCUUCGGAAGACGCCCAUCUAUACCUGUGGCACGUACUUGGUGAUGCUGGUCCCACCUCCAGGGGGAUCAGGCAGCUCUGCCACUCGUUCUCUUUUUGGUGGAACAAGUGGUUUGUCGUCUCUAAAAAUCCUUGCCUCUAGCUUGGUGUAUAAUAUUUCGGAUGGUCAGUUCACAAGUCGUGCCGAUCUCAUAGAUGCUGCUGGAAGCUCGUUGGGGCGUGGUGCUCUUGUACCAGGAUUGGGUGCCUGUUACGAUACAGUGAACAACAUGCUGUGGACGUGCUCGAAUGAUUAUAUUGAUCAGUGGUGUAAUCCAGGGAACCAGGCCUUCCAUUAUGUUUGUCAGAGACUUGGAGUCAGCCACAUCAUCACUGAGCCCAAAGAAGAGGCUAUAACCACAAAUGAGGUUAUAAACCAGUUAUUGCACCACGUUGGUGCGAUGUGCAUACACCAGCUCAAUCUUCUUGCCACCAACCCCAGUCUUCCAAUCACAAGUGUCUUGGGCAAGCAGCAUCCAAUUGAAGCAUACCAUCUUAGCAGUAUUUGUGACAUUAUGGAGAAGGCCAUGGUUAACGGAGAUACCUGUAUCAUACGCUGUAUUCUCGUUGUCUUUCAGGUGGUAUUUAAAUUUUUCUUCAGCCCACAAACUGAAAGGAAUCGAGACAUCAUUCGACGGUCUGGAUUGCUGCUUUGGCAGUUGUUGAUGGCCCCAAAAGAUCAGAUUUGCCCUGAAAUUCAGAAGGAAGUGUGUCUUGCCAUCAGCUCUGGUUUAAAUAUCUUAUACCCCGGUGAAACCGAAAUCAAUAACUUACUGAAGCUGGUCUUAACGGAAGGAGAGAGAAACAGCGGCCUCUCCCAGCUGCGGGAUGUGAUUCUAACGAAUUUAGCUGAACAGCUUCAAAACAACCGAUUUGGCAGCGAGGAGGAUGAGCAUUACAGACUAAAUGAUGAACUUUUACACUACAUUCUGAAGAUUGUUGUGCGGGAAUCCUGUAUCUUAAUCACCAAGUGCCAAACUGUCUCUAAAGAGGAUUUUCAAAAACUCCUUUCAACUGUGCCUGCUGCAUCCUCCUGCCUGCGCUAUCUGAUGGCAGUUCAGAACCACCUUCUCAGUAACACUAUUUUGAUUAAACCCGAUGAGAAUGAUGACAGUGACAACUCCUUGCAGGGAGAGACAUUGAAGGUACAGGAGCUAAAGGUCAGUAUUUUGGCUCUUGCCACCCAAAUCCUGACUGGAUGUGAUGAAGUGUUGGAAAUGCUACAGCAGGUCACAACUGCCCUCAUAAAUAGUGACCUAGCUGACCGUGAACAGAGGUUGAAAGGCUUGGAACAAGUUACUAAGGCUACUAUGCUUGGUCACCUUCUUCCAGUGUUACUGACCUCGCUGAUGCAUCCAAAUUUACAGACUCUGACCAUGGCCGACGCCCUGAUGCCUCAGCUAGUGCAGCUGGUGCUCUACACCAGUCAGACGGCUUUGCUGCUUAAAACCCAGUGUCCAGUUUUUGCCGAGGUGGGCUGUUCCCCAUGUGGUGCAUCAGACCAGAAGGGCAGGCUGUUCCCCGAUGAGAGGAUGCUGGAAGAGAAGGAAGAGCCAGGCUUUCUCACUGGUUUAAAGAUUCCUGCUCCAUGGGCUGCUGGGAAGACUGUGGAAACAGUCCACCCUGUCAGAGACAACUAUAAAUUUAAAGAAACUGUCCACAUCCCAGGAGCUCGCUGCCUGUACCUUAGAUUUGAUAGCAGAUGCUCUUCACAAUAUGACUAUGACAAAUCUAACAGUGUAUUUUCUGUUUUGAAGUUGGUGAUAUAUGCGGGGCCUAACACAAACAGUAGGAAGGUUGCUGAGUAUGGAGGCAACACACUGGGAUAUGGCAGCCGUAGUGUCUUAGGAACUGGCUGGCCCAAAGACUUGGUGAAGGUGGAAGGAGAUACAGUCACCUUCUCCUUUGAAAUGAGAAGUGGCCGUGAACACAACACUCCCGAUAAAGCUAUGUGGGGCUUUGCUUGCACAGUUCGCGCUCAGGAGUCGUCGGAGGAUGUGUCGGGAGGCUUGCCCUUUCUGGUAGACCUGGCUUUAGGUCUGUCUGUGUUAGCUUGUUCCAUGUUGAGAAUCCUGUACAAUGGACCAGAAAUCACCAAAGAAGAAGAAGCCUGUCAGGAGCUAUUGCGGUCCAAACUUUUACAAAGGUGCCAAUGGCAGGUGGAGGCCAAUGGCGUGAUCUCUCCUGCCCUUACUCCAAGCCCAUCUCCACUGCCACUGACCAUCGAGGAAGACAGAGAAUUCACCUACCCCUCUGACGUCCUCGUGCCUCCCGUUGGAAACUACUUUGACCUGCCCCGGAUCAGGCUGCCUCCAGGAAUCAUGAUAAAGCUCAGGGAAAUUUCUGGGCGUGCUAGACCUCAAUUCAGACCAAGUAUAAAAGAAGUGAUUCAGCCAGACGUGAUGGAGGAAAUGGUGGUAUCAUGUGUUAUUAAGCACUUGAACUUGGUUGAUGCACUGCAGUCCCUAAUAAAUUUCCAGUAUCAAGAAGAACAUGCUGAGGAAUAUGACUUACUGUGUAAAAUUAUGGGAGAGACCUUCAAGAAACUCAAUGCCAUGGAGAGACAGCUGCAGAGUGUUGCAGAAUUGGAGCAGAAAUGGCAAAGCGAGGUUGAUGAUGCCAUGCAAGGGAAGCUAGAGAACAACAUGCCUUUCUUCUAUGAUUACCAUUUCAAUGAGAACAAAAUCAAAGAACUAGAACUUUUGUGUUCAAUGAGAGAAGUCUCCUUUGAUGGAAAUGAUCUUGAAAACAUGGUCCUAUCGCUGAGGGAGAAGUUCCUGCAAGAAGUGAAUUCUCUCAUACAGAAACCCUCGCACCCACUGGCGAAAACGAAGACGUUGGUGAAGAGUUUAAUGAACCGAGCCGAGCUGCUGUUGCAUGUCACCAUCUCGGCCCAGCCUGGCCUCACGAGAAGCAUCUCGGGGACCCCCGCAGAGACACCGGCUUGUAAAUCAGCUUCAGAAACAAAGGUGAUAUCUCACGCUGUGCGGCAGCCUGUUUUUCUUCGCAGCAUGUCGGCUCCUUCUGACCUGGAAAUGAUUGGUAAUGAAGAUUUGGAAUUUACUAGAGCAAAUCAGAGGCGGCGCCACGUCACCAGCCACCGCAGCAGCUCCUUUACACUCCUGCAGUCAUUGGCCAUUGAGGACAGCAGGGACAAGCCCACCUACAGCGUCCUGCUGGGGCAGCUGUUUGCCUUCAUCGGCACCAACCCUGACCAAGCCGUGUCCAGCAGCAGCUUUCUUUUGGCUGCACAGACGAGGUGGCGGCGGGGGAAUACUCGCAAGCAGGCGCUGGUGCACAUGCGGGAAUUGCUGACGGCCGCUGUGCGCGUCGGGGGCGUGACACACCUUGUGGGUCCAGUGACUAUGGUCCUUCAGGGAGGACCCAGAAUUGAAGAACUAACCUGUGGUGGGAUGGUGGAGCAGGUCCAGGAAGCCUUUGGCGAGACCAUGACCUCUGUCGUGUCUCUGUGUGCUCGUUACCCUAUCGCGUGUGCAAAUAGCAUCGGACUUUUGUGUACCAUACCUUAUACCAGGAGUGAAGAGAAGUGCCUGGUGCGCAGUGGCCUCGUUCAGCUCAUGGAUCGACUGUGUAGCUUGAGCAGUCAGACGGAAUCCAGCUCCAGUGAGAAACAAACCAAGAAGCAGAAGGUGGCCACCAUGGCCUGGGCAGCUUUCCAGGUGCUAGCCAACCGCUGUGUUGAAUGGGAAAAAGAAGAAGGCGGCUCCACAGAGGCGGUGCACUCAGGUCUGGCCCGUCAGGUGUCCAGCCUUCUCACCAACCAUCUUGCCCGAGCAACUGAGUGCUGUGGUAACCAGGCUGCUGGGAAUGACGCCCUCCAGGACGUCCUGAGUCUUCUCAAUGAUCUCUCAAGAAGUCACAUAGGUAAAGCCAUCCUGAGCCAGCCAGCUUGUGUGUCCAAACUCCUCUCUCUGCUGCUUGACCAACGCCCGUCUCCAAAGCUAGUCCUUAUCAUUCUUCAGCUGUGCCGGGCGGCACUCCCACUGAUGAGUGUAGAAGACUGUGGAAACGUGGAGCUCCCGCCAUGGAGCUACUCCGUUCCCUCCCUAAACAGUGAGCAGGAGGAUCCCAGCGACCCAGCAUCCAAGAUUGCCUCAUUGCUCUUAGCAAAGCUGGCAGAUUACGUGGUCCCAGGAUGUCAGACAGUUCUUUCUCCAACUGCUUCUGAACCUGACACUACGUUGACAAAAACCAGUCCCAAGAAUUCCUUAAAAGGAGAUAAAGAUCCUGGAGAAGAGAGUGAAGCAGUGGAUGGCAAGCUGUCUAUCUUUAUCCACAAGCGGGAAGACCAGUCAUCUCAUGAGGUUCUCCAGCCGCUACUAAGUAGCUCAGAAGGACGGCCCUUCAGACUUGGUACUGGUGCCAACAUGGAGAAAGUCGUGAAAAUGGAUCGAGACAUGACCAAGGGCGGCUACUGUGAGGUGAUCACAGAAGAGGCUGCAGCCGCUCUUCGGAAGGCAACCAAGUGGGCCCAGUCAGGCCUCAUCGUCAGCGUCGGGCCACCUGUAGAGUCCGUCAGCCCAGAGACUGUGAGUGGACUGUCCACAGGCGACAAAAAGAAAACCGCCCAGACCUCCAUUUGCCGAGAGAGGAACUCUGAGCUCGCCAGGACUGACCCCGUCCGACCCUUCAUCAGUGGGCACGUGGCAAACAGCAUGGCCGCAGAAGUGAUCGCCUUGCUUCAUAGCUUGCUAAUGGCACCCGAGUCAAAUGCUGCUCAAAUAUGGACCACAACAGCAGAAAAGGUUCUGUCUCGUGCGCUGAUGUACAUUCCACAGUUGGGGAAAUAUGCAGAGAGCAUUCUGGAAAAUGGCAGCAGUAGCGGCAGGAAACUCGCCAAACUUCAGAGAAUCGCCCGCCAGGCCGUCGCCGCACUGUGUGCCCUCGGAGGCUUCAAAGAGACCAUCAAGAUAGGGUCUGAGGUUCAGGUUUUAGGUAGAGGAAUAUCAGGAAGCAUCGGAGUAGUGGCUUCUAUCAAUGAACAGGAAGGUAUAGCUACAGUCAGAUUCCCACCCAUAGACUGUAGAAAGACUUCGCAAGCAUCAGACACAUUGACUAUUCCAUUGUCUAGACUUUGUGUUCCAAGAUCAGAGGCACUGCCUCUUCAUAAACUGUCCAUUACUGAGAAGGUAGUACAGGCAGUCCAGUCCAUGUUGCUUCCUCAGGAGGGAAGUCUCUCUAUUCAUACCUCACUUCCUGCAACAGGAGAUGGGUCAGCUCCUGUGAUGGCAGUCGUUCGGCUCCUGGCUGAAAUAAGAACAAGAGCAUGCCUGGUCAUGGCCCAGCUUUUAGAAGACAGCUUAUUCUGUGAAGAAUUCAUACAACAGUGUCCAGCAGCUGUUGAAGUGCUCAACCUAGUAGCCCAGGAAUGCAGUGCUGGAGAGCGGCUGGCGGUUGUGGAGGGGCAGUGUGAGCGGCUGCGGAUGCUCUACCGGGACUGUGCUCGGCCGCCGCCGCCGCCGCUGCAGGCCGACCGGAGACAGCCCAAAGAGGUCACUUGGAGCCCCUCGCGAGUGUUCCCGCCUGUCCGAGCCUGCAUGUUCUCAUCGCAUCUUACGUCUGUCACCUUCCUGGCUGACCCCAGCGCUGGGGGCGGUCUGCCCCGGGGCACGUUUAUCUAUGCCACCUCACCACUACCCGUUCAGGCCCCAUCUUUUUACUGGGAAAUUGAAAUUGUUUCCUAUGGAGAUACUGAUGACGACACUGGACCAAUCGUUUCCUUUGGCUUUGCUACAGAAGCAGAGAAACGAGAUGGGGCUUGGACUAAUCCAGUGGGCACUUGUCUUUUCCAUAACAACGGCCGAGCCGUGCACUACAAUGGCUCCAGUUUAUUACAGUGGAAGAGCGUGCGCUUGGAUGUGACUCUCUCUCCUGGUGACGUGGCAGGAAUUGGCUGGGAGAGAACCGAGGGGACCCCCCCUCCUCCGGGGCAGCCAGCCAAGGGCCGAGUAUACUUCACAUACUGCGGGCAGCGCCUGUGCCCGUAUCUCGAAGACGUCUCUGGUGGGAUGUGGCCUGUGGUUCACAUUCAGAAGAAGAACACCAAGACUCGAGCUAACUUCGGCUCCCGCCCAUUCGCUUAUGCUGAAGGGCAGGCCCACCGCAACGCCGCCGACCUGUGCACCGACCUGGCAGAGGAGAUCAGCGCUAACUUUGAGGCCCUGCCCUUCGCCAUGGCGUCUGAUAGCGACAACGACGCGGGCGCUAGUAUCGCGUCAGACCCGGGCACUCACGGGCCGCCGUGCCGCAUCGCUGCUGUGGCCACUGCUCAGCAACAAUAUGACAGUGACACCUCCUGUCAUUAUAAAGUAGAACUCAGCUAUGAGAAUUUCAUCACCUCGGGCCCAGACCCCCACCCACCUCCUAUCGCAGACGAUGAAAGUGAUGAUGAGGAUGAUGACGACAUCCCCCAGGAGGACCACUACGCCCUGCUGGUGAAAGCCUGGGAGACCAAGGUGUUUCCUACUAUCCGAAGACGCUUCCGCAAUGAGGCAGAGCGAAAGUCGGGCCUGGACCAGAUCAAGGGAGCUUUACAACUAGGCAUGGUGGACAUUGCCCGACAGACGGUUGAAUUCCUCUAUGAGGAGAAUGGCGGCAUCCCAAGAGACCUGUAUCUUCCCACCAUUGAAGACAUUAAAGACGAAGCAAACAAGUUCACAAUCGAUAAAGUUCGGAAAGGUCUCACAGUAGUAACCCGCUCUCCAGACAGCAACAAUGUGGCCAGCAGUACGGUGGGGACUGCCCUGCCAAAAUUCGCCAUCCGGGGGAUGCUGAAAACCUUUGGGCUUCAUGGAGUUGUCUUAGAUGUUGAUUCAGUGAAUGAAUUAGUGCAGGUAGAAACGUACCUCCGAAGUGAAGGCGUGCUAGUCCGAUACUGGUAUCCUAUUGAUAUGCUGGAAAGGCCCCCGGCAGGCUACCGGAGGACGGCCACCAAUGGGCUGGUCACGCUCGACAAUACCAACCUUCAAAUUCACAGAGAGCUGCUGCGGUGUGAAGCGGCACUGGCCAGGCUCUACUGCCGCGUGGCCCUGCUCAACAUCUUCGCCCCGAAGCUGCCGCACCUGUUCACCCGCCUCUUCCACAUCCCCGCCAUCCGGGACAUCACCCUGGAGCACCUGCAGCUGCUGUCCAGUCAGCUCCUGGCUCCUCCCCUCCCAGAUGGCACCAUCAGCUCCAGCUCCAUCCUCCUGGCGCAGUCUCUGCAGCAUUGCGUUCACUCCCAGAACUGCUCGGCCACUGACCUCUUCUACCAGGGCAGCUCCCAGACAGUGCGAGAGUGGCUCAAUGUGGCCAUCACCCGGACCCUGCACCAGGGUGAGGACAGCCUGCUGGAGUUGACGAAACAGAUCUGCUCCUUCCUGCAGACAGCACCCGAGCAGUUCCCCUCCGAGGAGUUCCCGAUUUCGGAGUCCAAAGUCAACAUGGAUGUUAAUUUCCCUGGGGCGGCUUUUGUCGUCGUGUCUUGCAAAGAGAGUCAGUCUGGAUUCCGCAAAGACUCCUCCCUGUACAAGGCGCCAUGGGCACGUGUGCUCGUGUAUGGGCUUGGCCACAAAGUCAAGCGAAACGGCCAGCUGAACCUGAUCGAGGCCGUCUGUUACCCACGGGAUGCGUCUCCAGCCAACACUGGCCUCACGCCGCCGCCUACCGCUAACCAGUACCCCUCGGUGAUCCUCUCCACAGACAAGGUCCACAUCAAACUGGGGGUGUCGCCACCUCCUGGAGCCGUGCUGGUGCUGCACUCUCUGCCCCUGGAGUUCCCUCUGGCCAUGGCCUUCGCAGAGCAGCUGCUGUCCUGGAGAUCAGAGGAUGGCGAAGGGAGAUCCGAGGAUGAGCCCGACACCAUCCCAACAUCUGUUCUCCUACAAGUUGUGGAGCUGCUGGGAAACUUCCUGUGGACCACAGACAUGGCGGCCUGCGUGAAGGAGCUUGUUUUCCAUCUCCUGGCAGAGCUGCUGCGCACCGUGCACUCCCUGGAACAGAGGAAGCACCCUGUCGGCCUGUCCUCCUCCAUUGCCCUCCAGCUGAACCCCUGUCUGGCCAUGCUGAUGGCUCUGCAGUCGGAGCUCCAUAAGCUGUACGACGAGGAGACCCAGAGCUGGGUCUCAGGCAGCGCAUGCGGGGGCUCGGGGGCGGCGGCGGCCACGGACCAGGGCAGGUUCUCUACGUACUUUCAUGCGCUCAUGGAAGGCUGCCUGGCGGUGGCCGAGGUGACCCUGCCCACCAACAUGAGUGUCACAGCCAGCGGGGUGACCUCAACGACCGCCCCGAAUCUCAGCGACUCAUCGUCCUCCUCAUCCUCCUCCCCAGGACAGACACCUCAGAGCCCUAGCCUCCUGUCGAAGAGGAAAAAAGUCAAGAUGAAGCGGGAAAAGGCCUCCUCCUCCGGGAAGCGCCAGUCGUCCCGCUCAGUGGAGUCAGACCCCGCCAUGCUCAGCAUUGGGGGCAGCAAGCCGGAGGACAUGCUGUGGUUUCAUCGAGCCCUCACCCUGCUCAUCAUUCUCCGACACCUCACCAGGAAGGACCCGCAGGGUCUGGGUGUGACCAGCGACGCCAUCGCCGAUGCUUGCCAGGCCCUGGUGGGCCCCACCGCCCACAGCCGCCUGCUGGUGAUCUCUGGAAUCCCCACCCACCUGGAUGAGGGCAUCGUCAGAGGGGCUAUCCGCAAGGCCUGCAAUGCCCAUGGCGGGGUCUUCAAAGAUGAGAUCUACAUCCCCCUGCAGGACGAAGACCCCAAGAAACCGAAGGACAAGGCCGAGGGUGGUGACGGCAAAGCCGAGCCAGAGAAGACCCUUGGCUUCCCCAGCGCAGACAGCUUGGAGGUCAGCACGUCCAGCAGCCUGACCCCUGCCAUGAGCAUCAGUGCAUCCGCUUCCACCAGUCAGGCCUCCAUCUGCAGCUCCCAGGGUAUCUCACAGACAGCCAGUGACCUCUCUGUGGAUCCGCUGCCCUCAGGCCUUGAGCCGCCCGUCCCUUCUGGGGUACUGGAGCCCCACGUGGUGUCCAGCCAGGAGAGUCUAGACAUCUCCCUGUGCAGCACGGGCAGCCUGGGCAGCCUGGGGAGCCUGGGGGAGCCGCUGGACAAUGCCGAGACGGCCUCCGUGUCGGACGUGGGCUCCAUGUACACCGUCACGUCCCUGGACAACCAGCCCCUCGCAGCGCGCCCCAUCAAAGGCUUUGCGGUCGUGGAGAUAAGAUCCCGAGCCAAAAUUGAGAAAAUUCGAGCAAGUUUAUUUAACAACAACGACCUGAUUGGUUUGUCAAGUUUGGAUGGUGAAGAUGAAUUGAUGGAGAUGUCAACAGAAGAGAUUCUCACUGUAUCUGUAGUAAAUCAGAGUCUGUUUGAUACUCAGGGGAGCCCAGGGUUAGAAGAUUACUUCAAUGAUAAGUCGAUUAAAGGUGAGAAGCUGGUGCCCGGUGCCAGGGAGGUGCUCACGGAGAUAUUUAAGAGCUGUGCCCAUUCCGAGCAGAUGCUGAGCCUGACACCAGCAAAGCCCAUCAAAGUAUCGGACAUUUAUCUUAGCAAAGAGCAGAUCAACUCCCAAACGCCAGGCAACCUCCUCCACCUCUUCUUCACCAACGUCCGGCCUCCAAAAAAGGUGCUGGAGGACCAGCUCACCCAGAUCCUGAGGAAAUACGGCGUGCCAAAGCCCAAGUUCGACAAGAGCAAGUACAGCAAAGGCGGGAAGGAGCAGCACCCCGUGAAGGUGGUGAGCACCAAGCGGCCCAUCACCAAGCCGCCUGCCAAGGACAAGGCUGUGCUCAACAGUGUCAGCAGGACUGCCUUAAGUGAGAAGAAGCCAACUGUGAAGCCCAAGUCCCCAGAAAAGAGCAAGCCAGAUGAGAAGGACCCAGAGAAGUCACCCACCAAAAAACAAGAAGUCCCUGAGGAGAAGUAUCUAACCUUGGAAGGAUUUCACAAGUUUGUUAUUGACCGAGCCAAACAAGACAUCCGUAGUGUCUGGAGGGCAAUUUUAUCCUGUGGUUAUGACCUUCACUUUGAGAGGUGCGCCUGCAUCGACGUCCGACACGCGCACAAGGCCUCAAGGAAGUGGACCCUGGAGAUGGACGUGGCGCUCGUGCAGUACAUCAACCGGCUAUGCCGCCACCUUGCCAUCACGCCCGCGCGGCUGCACCCCCACGAGGUCUAUCUGGACCCCGCAGAUGCCGCCGACCCCAGAGUGGCCUGUCUCUUGAACGUGCCCAUCGAGAGCCUGCGCCUGCGCUUCGCCCUGCUCCAGUCCCUGAACACCACGCUGGAGACCUUCUUCCUGCCUCUGGUGGAGCUGCGCCGGACGCCCGUGUUCGCGCACAGCAUCGCCGCCCUGCUGAAGGAGGCCAAAGGGCUGAUCUUUUAUGACACGAAGGUGACCGUCAUGAAUCGGGUGCUGAACGCCACUGUGCAGAGGACAGCUGACCAUGCAGCUCCCGAGAUCACUUUGGACCCACUGGAAAUUGUGGGAGGGGAGAUCAGAGCCUCCGAAAACUCCUACUUCUGCCAGGCUGCCCGGCAGCUGGCCUCCGUCUCGUCCUCUCAGCUCUGUGUCAAGCUGGCCAGUGGUGGCGACCCCACCUACGCCUUCAACAUCCGCUUCACAGGGGAGGAGGUCCACGGCACCAGCGGCUCUUUCCGGCACUUCCUGUGGCAGGUGUGUAAGGAGCUGCAGAGCUCGUCGCUGUCCCUCCUGCUGCUGUGCCCCAGCUCGGCCGUCAACAAGAACAAGGGCAAGUACAUCCUGACCCCGAGCCCCAUCACCUGCGGGGAGGAGCAGCUGCUCCACUUCCUGGGCCAGCUGCUGGGAAUUGCAAUUCGGGCAGAUGUCCCUCUUCCCCUGGACCUCCUGCCUUCCUUCUGGAAGACCCUGGUGGGGGAGCCCCUGGACCCUGACCAAGACCUACAGGAAGCAGACAUACUCACCUACAAUUACGUCAAGAAGUUCGAGAGCAUCAACGACGAGACCGAGCUGGAGGCGCUGUGCGCCGAGAUCGCCUCCCAGCACCUGGCCACCGAGAGCCCCGAGGGCCCCAACAAGCCGAGCUGCAGGUUCACCUACCUGACCAUGACGGGCGAGGAGGUGGAGCUGUGCAGCCGCGGCCGGCACAUCCCUGUGGCGUGGGAGAACAAGGACAUCUAUGCGGCCGCCAUCCGGAGCCUGCGGCUGCGGGAGCUGCAGAACGCCGAGUGCGUGACGGCCGUGAGGGCGGGCCUGGGCGCCAUCAUCCCCCUGCAGCUGCUCACCACGCUCAGCCCGCUGGAGAUGGAGCUGCGCACGUGCGGCCUCCCUUACAUCAACCUCGAGUUCCUCAAGGCCCACACCAUGUACCAGGUGGGGCUGAUGGAGACGGACCAGCACAUCGAGUUCUUCUGGGGGGCGCUGGAGAUGUUCGCCCAGGAGGAGCUGUGCAAGUUCAUCAAGUUUGCCUGCAACCAGGAACGCAUCCCAUUCACCUGCCCCUGCAAGGACGGGGGCCCUGACACAGCCCAUGUGCCCCCAUACCCCAUGAAGAUUGCCCCCCCAGAUGGCACAGCAGGUUCCCCAGACUCUCGCUACAUCCGAGUGGAGACCUGCAUGUUCAUGAUCAAACUUCCCCAGUACUCCUCUCUGGAAAUCAUGCUGGAGAAACUUCGUUGUGCCAUUCACUACCGAGAAGACCCCCUGAGUGGCUGAGGGGAGGGAGCCCCAGAGUGAGUCCGUCACUGAGGCACCGCUCCGCCGGCUUGGGAAGCCUGCCACUGAGGGCACAUCCCUCCAGGCCCUGCGUGAGGAGUUGGCGACAUUUUGCUUUUCUGAACUUUUGUCCACAUUCCAGGGCUUCCUGGAAGACUUAACCUUUUGUAUUUGUAUGUUUCGUGAUGGGUUGGUUCUUUUACUACCUGUUUGUGGUAUGUUUGUAGGAUAGUUUAGUUCCCGGGCAGCCUGUGUCUCAUUUGAUCUUCCUGGGCAUUGUCUUUCAUGGCCACGGGAUUCUGAUGCCAUAAGGCCCCAGUUAGUUCCACAUCAUGGAAUCACCCAGCAGGAAGCUGGUGGUGAGAUCCCAGUGGCCACACACAGCAUCCUGUUCUCUCCGCAGAGCAUCUUCACAAACAAGUCUGUGGCCCUGCCCCUCCUGCCUUGAGGGGGAAUUGGUCCUGGACACAGCUCCCGCAGGCCUCCUUCCAUCUUGAAAUGGUUGGGCCAGUUACCCAAACGUGGGAGACACACACACGGAGCUUUCUGUGUUAAUCUUCCGGCUUUAGAGCUUUGUUUAUGGUCUGGGUUUUUCUGAGGAAAAGCGCCCCCCACCCCAUGGUUCCCCCAUCCCUUCCCACCCAGACAACCCUCUGCCCUGUCUCCUCUGGGCCCCUGGUCUGACAGUUUUCCACUGAGCGUUCCUCAGAAGACCAAAGGGUUCAUCCCCAACCUUAGUUCACAGCCAGGCGUGUUGCAGCUCCAGGAGUUGAGAAGGACACCCAGAGGAGGAGGGACAGCGCUCGAGUGGGGGCCUUUUUCUGAGACUGAUUGAACAGGAAAGCACAGGAUUCAAGCCUACCCCCCCUUUUGUACUCAGAAACAGCCCUUCUUCACCGCAGUGUUGGUGAGUGGGCCACACACCCAUUUUAAAAAGAGCUGACUGAGGUGCUCUGCUCAAUUCAGGGUCUACUUCAGUGACCAAGACCUUCCAAGGACCACUGUGGGGUCCUCUGCCCCCUCUGGCCAGGCCCACCCCCUACUCCCUUGCCACCCCAUGUGAGCGUGUGUGCCAGGGCUGAGCUGCUCCAGGCUCACCCGCUGCCCCAGUGCAUUGGUGCCCCAAACAGGUCUUUGUCCGAUGGUACUUUGUUCCAGAGUAGCAUAUGCCAUCUUAUUGGACACUGUCAUUUUGGGCCUUGCCAGUUCUCAUGGAAUCGCAUCACUGUAUUUAUUGUAUAAUAUUGUGAAUACUGAAAGUUCUGAGUGAGUGAGUGCUGACUAGAAGGCUCUGGAGUGUGAAUGCUCGGGAAAGAAAGCUGUGCUUUUCCUUUCUCUGCUGUGGCCCUGGCCUGGUGGAAAGUUGUAUGGCUUUAGACUUAGAGCCAUUAGCAUCCAUCUCCUCCCUCUUAUUCUUAGGAAAUGCAUUAAGAACCAUUAUAGAAAUGAUUCCCCAACCUAAGGAAAAGCUAAAACCGGAUUCAUCGUUCCGGCUGCAUCGGUUACAUUUGAUGCAGGAGCAGUCCUGUCUGGAGGUGAGCACCUGCAAGCAGUUUCCCUGCUUGAAAGGAAGAGGGUUGGCCUCUGCCUCCUAGCAGCGAGAGCCCCGUUGACUGGGGGUCACACCAGGAUGUAGUCCUGACAAAGGAUCCUCUUAUUUCUGCAUAACGAAAGAGCCUCUGGAUUAUUAGAAGGGGUUCUUCCUCUCUGUAUUUUUACAUUCUUGGUCCCUUCCAAUCCUUCCCAUCCCUUGAAUGGGCUCAGAAUUGUCAGCUACCUCCCCCAGGGGGGUUUGGGAAGCUUCUUUUGGCCCAUCACUUGAACGGAUGACAGCUGUGAGUGGGAUGUUUGCUGCUAACACGACUGCGUCUCCCAGAGAGCACACUGAGAGCUCCAGACCGAUUCAAACCUUGGCCCUAAAAAAAAAAAACCGUGUGCUGUAAAGUUACUUGAUGUAUAUUUAUUAUAAUUAUUUAUGGUUGCAUUUAACAAAGUUUUCAUUCAAUUUGAUGCUAUUUACACCACUGCUGUGUAAAGGAAGCUCACUACAGGAAAAAAGUCGCACCAAUAAAUAACCUUCAUCUAAUUUUGAUUUACCUGAAGAGUUGUGUGAUCAUCGACUCACUGGAAAGAAUCAAAGGCUGACAGGCUUGGACGGCUCUGAUACCGAAGUGCUUGUCCAGUAGUUAGGAAUUAAUUAGGUCUCUGCACUUGAUGUGAUUCUUACUCCACCAUGCUUAUAAGCUAUCCUUUUCUCCCAUUCAACUCCUUGAGGCUGGUUUUCGUAUAGAAAGUAUGAUUCUUCAAAGGGAUGGAAAUCCAAGGUCAAAGCUAAACCUAACGCUGCAUGUUCUGCCCCCUACUCAUAGUGGAGCUUGUCUAUACUCUUCUGCCAGUGUGAGGAUUCUCCUCCAGGAGCUCAUUGCACUGGAAGAGUCUAGGCCAUUCUUAGACCACAUAUCCUCCUCCCUUGGGAGCCGGCAGUGGACUUAGAACUGUACAGAAGGGAAGUGCACAGAAGAUAGACUUAGUGCUGCUUUCUUAAGAUCGAUGGUUCUGCCCUCUUCUUGCACAGCUCUCCCUUGCCACCCCAAAAGGGAACCCUGUGGUCUGCAUUCAGGAGAAUCCAACCAGUCUCCUUGACCUGCUUAUCACGUCCUCCUGCUCCACGGGAGGCCUCACACAGACCCACUUAAUUCUUCUUUUGACCCUACCUUUAUACUUAAUUUUAGUGGAAGUUAUCCCACCUAUGUCUUUAUUACAGGAAGAGCAAGAGUCCUCUUGGAUGAGGAAUAAGCAACUUUCCUCCUCCUGUCUGUUGCCUCACGGCACUAGAAACAGCAAAAGCAACCACUCUCAGCUAAGAGAAGACUUCUGUUGGACGGGAGAAGCUGGGGAGUGCGGUGCCUCAGCUGAAGAUAUCUCAAUGAGCACAGCAAGGAUUCUCCUGCUCUCCAGAAUGGCUGAGGCCAUUUUAAAGAGUUGCUUCUUAAAAAACAUAGUGUAUUCAAAAUUACACUAUCCAAUAAUAGACAACAUUUAUCCUCAUUAGUCAUCAGGGAAAUGCCUAUUGAAAUCAUGACAAAAAUCUAUACAACUACCACCACCCCCCCACGGUUGGGGGCAGAUGUGGAACCAAGCACAUACUGAUGGGAGUGUAACCUACAACUACUUUGGAAAACUGGUACUCUCCACUACACAUGCCCUAAGAUCAGCAAUCCCAGGCCAACAACAGAGGACAUACACACGCGCACCAAAAGCCGUGUAAGAGAAUGCUCACAGUAGCAGUCACGGCGCUCGCCACAGUGGCACACGAUGGAAUGCUGGGCAGGAAGGAAGCACACUACUGCUCCGUACGACCACGCAGAGGAGCCACACACACAGUGAGCAGCAAAGGAAAUCAAGCAUUAAAAAGUACUUAAUGGUGUAAGUUCAUUUAAAUAAUACUGAAAAGUGAAAAAUAACUGAUGUCAAGAUAGUGGUGGUUUUGGGUCCCAGAGGAUAGUGACUGAGAGUAGGAGGGGUGUUCUGGGGUCUUGGUGAUGUUUUUGAUAUGGGUGGUGGUGGUAGAUAACGUGUUCACAGUGGGCUGUAUACUACCAGGCACUUUUCUGUGGAGAUGUUCUCCUGGAGGGAUAGUUUCUUAAUAACAAGUACUGAAUCUGGCUGGCUCAGAGUAUGUAACUCUUCAUUUCGGGGUCGAGUUUAAGCCCCGUGCUGGGCAUGUUGCCUACUUAUAAAAAUAAAUCCCAAUGCCUCAGUGCCCCUCCACCAAAUACAAGUACACCAAAACGAGGACCUGCUUGUGUUCCCUCUCGCUGUGUCUCUGUCAAGUAAGUAAAAUCUUUAAAAAAAAAAAAAAUUCCAUCUUCAUGAAACUAAAAUCUUUUUAAUCCACAAUUUCUGAAAGGAUAACUAUUGGAAGAAUUUAUGAACACAGCAUGGGAAGCAAGCUUAUUUGUACCUCCCUCUAAAAAACAAACAUUGUAAAGGGAAGAAGGAAUUAGAAGCCCCAUGUGCCAGGAGGAAAACAAGGAUUAGAAAUUCAUGUAAGAAGCAGAAGUUCAAGCCCACCACCCUGGAGAAAGAAGUCCUAUUCAGGAGAAACCACCUGAGCAGCUGAGAUUCCAGCCCCACCCUAGGUUUACACAGCAGGCUGGAAGACCCUUUUCUGGACUAAACUGGAGACAAGACCUACAGAUUCUGACAGCAGGAGCUCUCCAGUGAAAAUGCCAGCCGGUUGCCCCACAGUGAACAUGAACAGUUAAAGAAGCUUCUCAUUUUUAGUGCCCCAGUCUUUUUUUUUUUUUCUCUAUUCUAGAUUUUAUUUGACAGAGACACAGCGAGAGAAGGAACACAAGCAGGAGGAGUGGGAGAGGGAGAAGGAGGCUUCCCGCAGAGCAGGGAGCCCGAUGUGGGGGCUCAAUCCCAGGACCCUGGGAUCAUGACCCGAGCCGAAGGCAAACGCUUAACGACUGAGCCACCCAGGCACCCCACCCCAGUCUUAAAUAUAGACAGCCAAGACACAGACUUGAGGAAAAGUCUGUAACAUAAAAUACCAAAACAAAAAGUACAGAGCAGAAAAAGAUACCUAAGAAACAGCUAUGGCACAGAGUAUGAGAACAAGUACUGCAUCGGGGUGCCUGGCUGGCUCAGUUGGUAGAGGGUAGGACUCCUGAUCGUGGGGUUGUGAGUUUGAGCCCCACGUGAGUGCAGAGAUUACUUAAAACUUUAAAAAGUACUGCAUCCAUUGAGUGAGGGGGAAAAAGGCUGUCGGAAAGGAUAAAAGACAGGUUUUGGAAAUACCAGAAAUAUAUUUAAUAUAAGAAUGAAAGGAUAAGGUUGAACUUUCCCAUAAAGUUGGGCAAAAAGAAUAUGAAAGAAAAAAUGGAUCAGUCUAAGAGUGUCAAUAUCCAACUAUCACUGGAAUUCUGCAAAGACAGAAAACAGGAGAGAAAUUACAAAAAAAAACCCAAAAAAAACCCCUGAAAAAUAAGAGGUCACAAGUUUCCAAAAUGCUUAUUAAGUGUCCAGCUCUUUGAAUGGAAAAAGAAUCCACACCAACAUACACAUGGGGAAGUUUAAAAAUAGAUAUCCUAAAAAGCUUCAAGGGGGAAAAAUGACAUGCAAAUCAGAAUGGCAUCAGGCUUUAAAACAAUCCAGAAAGAAUGCUUUCAGGACACUUCUAAUUCUAACCACGAUAGAUGAACAGAAACCAGACUUACCCUCCCCCAUCUCAACAACUAAAAUAAAAAACCUGACAUGUAGGGCACCUGGGUGGCUCAGUCAGUUAAGCAUCUGUCCUUGGCUCAGGCCAUGAUCUCAGGGUCCUGGGAUCGAGCCCUGCAUCAGGCUCCCUGCUCAGUGGAAGUCUGCUUAACCCUCUCGUGCUCGCUUUCUCUCAAUCUCUCUCUCGCUCGCUCGCUAUCUCAAAUAAAAUCUUUAAAAAACAAAAAAAACCCUGACAUGUAUGGUUCUCAAAACAUCAGGCAAUGAAGGACAGAGCUCUGAGAAAUAUGGUGGUGGUAUCAUGGCCUCAGCGUAUGGUAUGGAUAGUUUUCAGACAGCAGCAAAAGCAGGGGAAACGCAAGGUGGAACCCUACAGUCUCCCAGAGUUAAGAAAACAAAGCAUCCAAGGCACCUAGUUUGUGGGGCAGAGUACCAGACAGGAAGAGUUGUAAUAGAACUGUGUAGAUCUGUUGGUGAUCCUUCGCAAGUAUUCAGUCGAGUAAUGAUAAGCUCCUGCAUAUAAGGAAACUGCCAGAGGCUGGGAAAAGAACCAGCCAAAAGGAUUAGAACUGGCAAAGAACAGGAAAUAGUUCCUGUUCCCACUAGCCAAUAUAGAAAACUUUAUCAUUUAUGGAACUUUUAUUUUUGCCUUAGUAGUGCAGCAAAAUUCCUAAUUUUGUAAUUAGAAAAAACUAAUUCCUGUUCAGGUCCCACCUAAUAAAGCUUAAAAGUUUGACACAGAAGGAUCGAGCUGUUUCACAGUGAUCAAGUAUAAAAACAAAGCUCGAAAAUAAAGGAAUACAAAAAUAGCCAGCACAUAAGCGGGUAAAAUUCAGAAUGCCUGGCAUCCAAUCAAAAACCACUGGACACACAAAGAAGCAAAAUAGGACCCAGAAAAAUCAACCAAAACUGACCCAGAAAUUACACAAAUGAUAGAAUUCGUAGGCAAGACCAUUUAAACAGUUAUUAUUGCAUACAAUAUACUGACAAAACUAGAAAAAAACCCACAACUUGUUCCGUAGAGACAUGGAAAAUACAAACAAUCCAACCUAAACAUCUAGAGAUAAAAACUACACUGGCCAAGAUGGAAACCGGAUAGAUUAGCAACAGAUUAGACACAGAAGAUUUUAGUGACCUCAGGGGUAUGCAAAGGAUCCAUCUGAAAACAAAAGAAUCCAAAAGAGUGAAAAGAAUAUCAAUAAGAUACGGCACUUCAUUUGGCCUAACAUAGGAGUGAGAAUAAUCCCCCAAAGGGAAGAAAAAUGGGGGGAAAAUCUUAAGAAAUAAUGGCUGGAAAAAAAAUGGCUGAAAUUUUUUCCAAAUUUACCUGAAAACUAUAAAGAUUCAGGAAGCUUAAUGAACCUAAAGCACAAGAAACAGAGUGGUGGUGACGGUUGCAGAACGAUGUGAAUGUACUUAAUGCCACAAAACCAUACAAAGGUACAUCACAAUCAAAUUGCUUAAAAUCAGUGCUAGAGAGUAUCUUAAAAAUACCCCCCCACAAAGACACAUUAUAUACAAAUGAACAAAGAUAAAGAUGAUAGAUUUCUCAUUGAAACCAACGCAAGCAAGGAGACAGUAGUGCAACAUAUUUAAAGUCCUGGGGCAGGGCAGGGGAGGGAUAUCAAGAAUUCUGUAUCUGCCGAAGGCAGAUGCUUAACGAAUGAGCCGCCGAGGCGCCCUGAGAAACCCACUUUAAAUAUAUAAAUACAAAUAGAAUAAAAGUAAAAGGAUGGAAAGAGAUUACUAUGCUAAAAAUAGAAGAAAGCUGAGGGGGCACCUGGGUGGCUCAGUCAGUUAAGUGUCUGCCUUUGGCUCAGGUCAUGAUCCCAGAGACCUGGGAUCAAGCCCCGCAUCGGGCUCCAUGCUCUGAGGGAAGCCUGCUUCUCCCUCCCCCUCUCCCUGCUGCUCCCCCUGCUUGUGCUCUCUGUCCAAUAAAUAAAAUCUUUUUAAAAAAGAAUAAAAUUGGGGGGUACCUGGGUGGCUCAGAUGGUUAAGCGUCUGCCUUCAGCUCAGGUCAUGAUCUCAGGGUCCUGGGAUCGAGUCCCGCAUCGGGUUCCCUGCUCAGUGCAGAGCCUGCUUCUCCCUCUCCCUCUGCCACUCCCUCUGCUUGUGCUCUUCUGUCUAUCUCUCUGUCAAAUAAAUAAAAUCUUAAAAAAAAUAAAAUAAAAUAAAAUUGGGGGCGCCUGGGUGGCUCAGUCGUUGGGCGUCUGCCUUCGGCCCGGGUCAUGGUCCCGGGGUCCUGGGAUUGAGCCCCGCGUCCGGCUCCCUGCUCAGCGGGAAGCCUGCUUCUCCCUCUCCCACUCCCCCUGCUUGUGUUCCCUCUCUCGCUGUGUCUCUAUCAAAUAAAAAAUUUAAAAAAAAGAAAACUGGGCGCCUGGGUGGCUCAGUCGUUAAGUGUCUGCCUUCGGUUCAGGUCAUGAUCCCGGGAUCCUGGGAUCGAGUCCUGCAUCGGGCUUCCUGCUGAGCAGGAAGCCUGCUUCUCACUCUGCCUGCUACUCCCUCUGCUUGUACUCUCUCUGACAAAUAAAUAAAAUCUUUAAAAAAAUAAAAUUUGGGGCACCUGGGUGGCUCAGUCAUUAAGCAUCUGCCUUCAGCUCAGGUCAUGAUCCCAGAGUGCUGGGAUCGAGCCCCGCAUCAGGCUCCCUUCUCCGUGGGAGGCCUGCUUCUCCCUCUCCCACUCCCCCUGCUUGUGUUCCCUCUCUCGGUGUGUCUCUCUCUGUCAAAUAAUAAAUAAAAUCCUUAAAAAAAAAAAAAAAAGGAAAAACAAAUCUUUAAUUACAAUAAGGAUUUCAAACAAACCCCUCCCCCCAAUAAUUAAGAGAGUAAGUAAACAGAACAUCAGUAAGGACAUAAAGGCUUGAACAACACUAUCAACAAAUUUGACCUAUCUGCCAAUUUUUUAAAAAGAUUUAUUUUUAGGGGCGCCUGAGUGGCUCAGUUGGUUAAAUGUCUGCCUUCAGCUCAGGUCAUGAUUCCAGGGUCCUGAGAUUGAGCCCUGAGUAAGGCUCCCUGCUCAGUGGGGAGCCUGCUUUGCUUCUCCCUCUCCCUCUGCCCCUCCCCACCACUCCUGCUCUCUCGCUCGCUCUCAAAUAAAUAUAUAAAAUCUUAAAAAAAAAAAGAUUAAUUUUUAGAAAAAGCGAGUGAGCAUGAACUGGGGGAAGGACAAAGGGAGAGAGAGAAUCUCAAGCAGACUCCCCACUGAAUGUGGAGCCUGAUGUGGGGAUCAAUCUCAAGACCUUGAGAUCAUGGGGCACCUGGGUGGCUCAGUCGGUUAAGCGACUGCCUUCGGCUCAGGUCAUGAUUCUGAAGUCCCGGGAUCGAGUCCCGCAUCGGGCUCCCUGCUCAGCGGGGAGUCUGCUUCUCCCUCUGACCCUCCUCCCUCUCGUGCUGUCUCUCAUUCUCUCUCGCAAAUAAAUAAAUAAAAUCUUUAAAAAAAAAAAAAAAGACCUUGAGAUCAUGACCUGAGCCAAAAUCAAGAGUCGGAUGCUUAACUGACUGAGCCACCCAGGCUCCCCUAUCUGCCAUUUAUAUAACACUCUAUCCAAUCAAAAUAGAAAUGCAUAUUCUUUUCAAGUACAUACAGAACAUUUAUGGCCUCGAGAACAUUCUAAGGAUAAAACAAGUCUCAAUAAAUUUGAAGAGAUUCAGGUCAUACAAAUUAUGUUCUUGGACCACAAGGAAAUUAAAUUAGCAACCAAUAACAAAUCUGGGGGCACCUGGGUGGCUCACUUGGUUAGGUGUCCAACUCUCGAUCUCAGCUCAGGUCUUUUUUUCCCCAGCUCAGAUCUUGAUCUCAGGGUUGUGUGUUCAAGCCCUGCGUUGGGCUCCACGCUGGGUGUAGCACCUACUUAAAAAAUCUGGGGGCGCCUGGCUGGCUCAGUCCUAAGAGCAUGUGAUUCUUGAACUCAGGGUCAUGAGUUCAAGCCCCAUUACUCAAACUUUAGAAAAAAUAAAUCUGGAAAAUACCCAAUUAGGAACUAAUUACAUACUAAUAGCCCACAAGACAAACCAAGAAAUCAGAGUAUUCUGAAUUGAAUGAAAAUUAAAAAAAACAAAAUUUGUGAGAUGCAGGUAAAGCAGUUCUUAGGGAAAUUUAUAGCACUAAACACUUAUAUUAGAAAAGAAGAAAAGUCUCAAACGAGUGAUCUCAGCUUUGACCUUAAAUUAGAACAAGAAAAAAAGCUCAAAGUAAGCAAAAGGCAAAUUAAGAUCAGAAUGGAAGGGGAAAAAAAAGAUCAGAAUGCAAACCAAUGAAAUGGAAGCAGAAAAACAGUAAUCAAUGGGACCAAAGCUGAUUUUUUUGAGAUCAAUAAAAUUGAUAAAUCUCUAACCCGUGGUUGCCAUGCUAUGGGUCAUAAUCUAGCUACCUGUUUUUGUAAAUAAAGUUCAUUGGAAGUCUCACCCAUGGGUAUUAUCCAUGGCUGCCUUCACUAACAGCAUUGUUGAGUAGUUGCAAUAUAGACUGGAAUGGCCUGCAAAGCCUUAAAUAUUUACUAUUUGGCCUUUAAGAAAGAAAAAGUUUGGGGAUUACUGCUCUAGCCAAACGUAUCGGGAAAAGAGAAAAGAAAUUACCAGCAUCAGGAAUGACAGAGGUGACAUCACUACAGAUUUUACAGAGAUGUUUUAAAUAAGGUAAUAUUAUGAACACCUUUAUGCCAAUAAAUUAUUAAAAUGGACAAAUUCUUUGAAAGACAACACCAAAGUUCACUCAAGAAAAAUAGAAAACCACAGGGCACCUGGGUGGCUGUUGUUGAGCGUCUGCCUUCAGCUCAGGUCAUGAUCCCAGGGUCCUGGGAUAGAGCCCUGCAUCAGGCUCCCUGCUCAGCAGGAGGCCUGCUUCUCCCUCUCCCCCCACUUGUGUUCCCUCUCUCGCUGUCUUUCUCUGUGUCAAAUAAAUAAAAUCUUUUAAAAAAAUGAAGAAAAACAGAAAACCUCAGUAGCUAUAUCUGUUAAAACUGAUUAUCAUACUUGGGGCACCUGGGUGGCUCAGUCAGUUAAGCGUCUGCCUUCAGCUCAGGUCACGAUCCCAGGAUCAAGCCCUGUACUGGGGUCCCUGUUCAGCAGGGAGUCUGCUUGUCCCUCUGCCCCUCCCCCCACUGCUCAUGCUGACUCUAACAAAUAAAUAAAAUCUUUUUUUAAAAAGGUGGGGUAUCAUACUUAUUUAUGGUUGAGUUUUGGUGGUUGGUCUAUUUCUCCCAGUCCCUUUUAAGGGCUCAUCUGAUUAGGUCAGGCCUACUCAGAAUAAUCUUAUUAACUCACAGGCAACUGAUUUGAGACUUUACACCCCCAAAAUCUCUUCACAGCUUUGUCAUAAUACAUAAAACAAUCAUAUUCACAAUCCUGCCCACACUCAAGGGGAAGGAAAUACAUGUACACCAUGUACAUUAUAUGUAUGCCAUGUACACCAGGAGUCAGGAAUCUUCAUGGCCAACUUAAAAUUCUGCUGAUCAUAAAUACAGAAACAAAUUUAUUCACUGAAGGGGAACCUGGGUGGCUCAGCCGGUUAAGCGGCCCACUCUUGAGAUCAUGACCUGAGCCGUGUGAGAUCAAGCCCCACAUGGGGCUUCACACUGGGUGUGGAGUUUGCUUAGGAUUCUCACCCUCCCUCUCUCUGUCCCUCCCCCCACUCUCUCGCGCCAAAAAACUAAAAAGUUCAUCCACUGCAACGUUAUUUUUAAUCAUAAGAUAUUGGAAACAACCUAAACAUACACAGGAGAAUGGGUGAAUAAACCACAGUACAUUCACACAAUGAAGUGAUUUUGUUUUAAAGAUUUUAUUUAUUUAUGUGACACAAAAAGAGAGCACAAGCAAGGGGAGUGGCAGGCAGAGGGAGAGAGAAAAGCAGGCUCCCCACUGAGCAGGGAACCGAUGUGGGGCUCAAUCCCAGGACCCCAAGCCAAAGGCAGAUGCCUAACUGAGCCACCCAUGUCCCCCGAUGGAGUGAUUUUUUAAAAUGAGGUAUAAUGGGAGUUAUCUUGAGAAUAUGCUAUUAAGUGAAAAAAGCAAAGUUCAAGAGUAUUUGUAAUAUGCUACCUCUAGUGUAAGAAAAGAGGAAAUAAGAAAAUACACAUAUUUAGUUAUUUUGACAAAAAGAAACAAGAAAGUUUAGGGGGACAAAAAACGACAAAACAGAAACGAGAUUGGGCUGCCCACAGAUGGUGGAAACUGGUGAAAAGAUUGAUGUUGAAUGGGAGUGGAAGGUAUAGGGCCAGUGACACUUCUGAGUAAACCUUUUGUAGUUUAAAGUUGGAAUCAUACUAAUACUUAACAUACUAUAAAAUCCAAUAAACAAACCUAGGGGAAAAAAUCCCUAAGACAGAACAUAAACAAAAACAAAUCAAGACAAGUGUAUUUCGAAUGAAUGAUGUAUCACAUCAAAGGAUGGAGGCAAAAAAAAAAAAAAGAACCUAAAAUUUUGAACACAUUUUGACUAUAUACCCUCAUAAUAAGUCAAAAAGAGUUAUAAACAAAUAUUUAGCUUGUUAGUAGGUUAAAUUUUCUGUAGUGGUAAACGUUUAGCAAUACUGAAACUACUUUCUCUGGGUCGCCUGGGUGGCUCAGAUGGUUAAGCAUCUGCCUUCGGCUCAGGUCAUGAUCCCAGAGUCCUGGGAUCGAGUCCCGCAUCGGGCUCCCUGCUCCUUGGGAGCCUGCUUCUCCCUCUGCCUCUCUCUCUCUGUCUCUUACGAAUAAAUAAAUAAAAUCUUAAAAAAAAAAAAAAAACUUUCUCUGUAUUUGAGAACUGAGCAAAUAAGUAAAUAUAUUGAGAAUAACAGGAGCCAGAUUUCUCAUUGCUGGAGAAGGCAAAGGAUAGACAGAAUCAACCCUGUGGUGACAAGACUGAAAUCGGAUGUCUUGUUAUGAACUCAUGGUGGUAUACACAGUUAUAAAAUCAAGUAUAUGCAUGUCUAUAACACACAUACAUAAUACAUAUAUAAACAUACACAUAUUUCGUAGCAAUGCCCCCCGCCACAGUAACAUUGUGUACAUGCCAAGCACCCAGAUGAUGGUUUCUAACUACUGCUCACCCCCAAAAGAAUCCAGGGUUUCUGGGCAAAAAAAUUAAUUCUAGCCCGAGGCAGGGAAAAUACAAGAUGAACCUGGAAUAUCUUGUGUCAAAAAGUAAGAAUGUACUCAAGAAAUAGUUGGUCAUGCCAAAAAAGACACAGGAACCAGCUGGCCAAAUCUGGCCAUCAAAAUUACUAUAUCUGAGCAUCAGAAUAAAUGACAGAGAUGGAUAAUAAAAAAUUGAAUAAAAUAACCUAUUUUUAUAUAUGAAUGAAUGGGGGAGAAAGAAGAGUUCUUCCUUAAAGUAGAAUACCAACAACUAAAAUGUAGAAGGAAACAGAGUUAGAAAAUCAUCAUUUCAAUAGUAAUAGACGCUUAACGACUGAGCCACCCAGGGGCCCCAAAAAGUAUAUCCAUUAUAAAACACUGAAAAACUACAGAUUACUAAAGAAAGUAAAACAAACCAAAAAAACUACUAUUUUACUGAAUGUCUAAUCCAACCAAAGGGAAGGAAAACAAGUUUAUCUAUGUCCAUCCCCAAAAACUAAAGUUAUGGGUGAGACAAGCCCCAAAGCCCUCUCUGCCCCAGAGAAUUCUUCCUCAUGCCUCCUUUAAGUCCCAAGGGGAUUUUCAAUCAUGCCAGAAGUGACCCAAUUCUCUCAGUCUUUUUGGGCUUCUUUCACCAAAGACAAGGUCUUUCUGAGCUGACUGAUAAUAACUGACAUAAACUAUACAAAAACCCCCCUAUAGUUAUAUACUCUUUUCUCUGGUCUUGCUUCUUUUUCUCAGUAUAGCUCAGACCUGGAUAUGAGUCCCUGGCUCUGCCAUGAAUUAUCUGCAUAGCCUUCUGCAGAUCACUCCUUUCCACUGAUGAAAUGAGACAAUUCUUCCCUCUUUUCCCAGCCCCACUAGGUUGUUAGGAGAAAAAAUAAGCUCAAAAUGACCUAAGGUCCUGUGCAAACUGUGAGGUGCUGAGGGGUAAUGAAUAAUUCUGCUAAGGCUCAACCACACUCAGGACCGAGGCUUUUAAGAUAUCUGCCUUUCUCUAUUUAGUUGGAGGCAGUCCCACCUCCACCCCAAAUCAUCACCAGAGCUGCAACAACCAUCCAUUUUCUCAAAAUCCAAUAGAAAACUGUAUCUUGAAUGUCUGGCACUGAAAAGAAGCUCAUGCUGCAACUACUAGAGUUCCAGGAAGCACAAAAAGAAAAAAAAAAAAAAAAAGCCCAGUCCUGCUCACCUUCCCCCAUAUUUCAGGGCCAACUCCAGCCCACUCUGUCUUCCCUGAGGUCUCCAGAGUGCAAAGGAGAAGGAACCACAAGACUCAGCUGAACUCCAAGUACAAACUUUAUUUCUAUUACAAGUAUGUUAAUAGUAGUAGUAGUAGUAGUAGUAGUAGUAGUAGUAGUAGUAGUAGUA